CAUCUUCUCGAUUUUGUGCUAUUUUUACCAUCUCCUGUUGAAGUUUGUCAUCUCUGGUUGAAAAUUAUGUUUCUUUCGAUUUCCUUCAAGGGUUUGAAACUUGGGGUUUCUUUAUUUUCUCAUCUGGGGUAGCUAGGUAGGUAGGUUAAGGUGAAUUAAGUUUUACAAGUUUGGCCAAACAGAUUAUUAACUCAAGUUUACACCUUACAAGUUUUACUGUUCGGGCCAGACUGAACUAAUUGGAUUCUUGGGUUGCUGUUCUGUUUUUCUUCCUUCAAAAGUUUGAUUUCUUCAGUUCGGUGUUUGAUUAAACGGUCCCAGAACUUCGGUGAUGAAGAAGAACCAAUUUUUCUUAUAUAUUUCUAAUAUAGUUAUACAGUCUACAUCAGAUUUAAUGGGUGCCACAACACCACAAAAAAGCACUAGGUCUGCCCUGAUCAUAUACACCAGCUAUGCGCAGGGACGAAACUAAGGGCACAAGGGGCUCAGUUGAAUUUUCGUUGAAAAAUUACACACACAUAUAUACAUAUAUAUCAGACAGGGUCAGGAGAGACUAUGGCUAGUGGGGGGAGUGAGGCACCAAAGAUAGUAUGGAGCGAGAGAGUAGGAAGGUUCGAAACCGAGGAUAGGGAAGCCUAUUUGGAGUAUGAGCUGAGAGAUGGCGGUAGAGUAAUGGACAUUCUCCACACCUAUGUUCCUCGUUCCAAGCGUGGAGUAGGGCUCGCUUCACAUCUCUGUGUUGCCGCCUUUGCACAUGCCCAAUCCCAUUCCCUUUCCGUCAUUCCCACCUGCUCUUACGUCUCUGACACAUUCCUUCCCCGAAAUCCAUCUUGGAAUUCAAUUUUGCACCAAGACCUUAAAUCUCACAUUUGAAGCAGCAUGUGGAGUGGCCCUGUAUGUGCCAAUCCAUCCCUUGAAUAUUAGGCAAGCAAACUCGCUCUGGCGUCUGUUUUCUUCUUGCAUCUUUGCAGUUGACAGUGUAUUGGUAUCUGUAAUAUAAAAGCUUUGGUAUAAAUUGGAUCUGUUUCCGUUUCUGUGAGAAAAAAAUCCAUUUAAAGGGUCCAAAAUAUUAUCAGGGAA